UUUUAUAUAAAAAACGUUUGCAUUGAAAUUUUAUCAUAUUUAUAACAUUCGUGUAACACAAUUAUGCAUUUUAAGACAUAAUUUUUUUCACGAGUAAUAGAGAGGUAACUUAGAACAAAGAUAAGUAAUUUCUAACUGCUUCAGGUAAUAAAAUCUGCGUUAGCGUAUUUAAAUAUGCUUCGGACUAUACUGGUUUUAUAAAUAAUUAUACAACUUUGGCAUGAAAAAGAUAACGUGUAAAAUAAGCAGUUUUAUAAUAGAUACUUAAUAAAAACUUUAUGUAAUAUUUGUUUACGUAAAAUGAAUACCCACUAUUCGGGCCAGAAAUGAUAAAUUUAAAAUAUAAUAUUUUUAAUUAUUAUAUUUUAUACACAUUUUAUACACAUUUAAUUAAAUAUACUAAUAUAGAUUUUAAUUAUAGAAUUUUAUAAGAUCAAAAAUAUAACGUUUACAUAUGUAUACAUAAAUACACAAAUCUUACAAAUUCUGAAAGUAUUGAUAAUAUACGUAAAUAUGAUCCAAACAAUUACAUUAUAUAUUUAUAUUCGUUUUGUACAUGUAGAAGUAUUACAUUUGUUGAAAUAAAUCAGGUUAUUCUAUACUAAAGCUAUAUUUUUUCACUAUAUCAGCUAUAUGUUAUAAUGAUAGUCAAUAACACGAUUUCAAAAAAUAUAUUGAUCAAUCUUUCAGAGAAAAAUUAAAUUACACAUUUAUCUUGCACUCUCACCGUUUUUAAAGAUCACUGAUUUAUCAUCAAGAUACUACUAUAUACGAAGUGAAAUAUACGUAAGGAAUGAUCAACUGUCAACGUCGAGAAAAUGAAGUAGGAAACAUGUUUGCAGUAUAUUACGUAUUCCCCCUUGAUCGUGAACAAUAGAAUUAGAAACUUUCUUGCUCGUACAAUUUACAUCCUUGUCUGUAUCCCCUCAAAAGGACUUGCACGCAGCACGCAAUAAAGUUUCAGAAACUACAAUCGAUCAUCUCACUAAUAAUGAAACAGCCAGUAGAUAGAAAGGGUAGGAAGGAAUCAAUUGCGUUCACGCACCAAGGUUUAUAGGCUCACGGAAGACGCACAUGCGCAAACUGGCGGAAAUCAAUUCACUGACAGUCAGCCAGUUGCGCGCAUAGUCGCGCUUCAGUCAUUACCAUGCUCGAUCAUUCGAAGUUGAAGUCGAGCUCUCUCGAGCCUGUGACGGGCGAUUGGAACUACAGCAUUCAGCUGAAUCGCUGGUUCCUGAAGCCAAUUGGCGCGUGGCCGUUAACACUCUGUGAGACUACAAUGGAGAAGAUCAUUUGCAUAGUUCUAACAAUAGGCAGUGCUUUCUUGAUAUGUUUCCUGCUUAUCCCGUGCACUCUUUGUAGUAUCCUAGUGGACACCGAUCUCGACACUAAGAUCAAGACGAUCGGUCCAAACAGUUUUAUUUUAAUGGCCGCGGUGAAACAGUACAUCCUCAUUACCCGCAGCGAGAACAUCAGCAAGUGCAUUCGAGAUAUCCGCGCGGACUGGGACCACGUCGCGUUGGGCCACCGAGAAAUAAUGAUGACCACUGCCAAGUUUGGCAGGUGGCUCUCCUGUGUCAGCGCGAUUUUUAUGUACUCCGCCGGCAUAUUUUUUACCACGAUUAUGCCGAUCUGCGCGAGAAGGACACAGGUCAUCAAUAACGAGACGGUGAGGUCGCUCUCCUUCCCGAUCUACCGCGGCCUCUUUGAUCCGCGCGCUACGCCGUUCUUCGAAAUCGCGCAGUUCACGCAAGCUCUUGCUGGUUAUGUCAUUUACACGAUUACCAUUGGCGUGUGUAGUCUGGCAGCGGUAUUGGUCAUGCACGCCUGCGGCCAAUUCCAAAUAGUUAUGUCAAAGAUGGAGGAUCUUGCAAGUGAAAAAGAAAAAAAGAGCGCGAGUAGGCAUGAAGGAAGACUCGGUGACAUUGUGGAACAUCACAUCAGAAUAUUGAGUUUUAUCGCUCGUACCGAGAAGCUUUUAAACGAGAUUUGUCUCGUGGACGUAAUCGGAUGUACACUCAACAUAUGUUUUGUAGGAUUCAAUAUGAUGACGGAAUGGGAAAAUCGUGAAACACUAGGAACAAUGACGUACCUUUCGUUCGUCAUAUCUUUCACAUUCAAUAUAUUUAUCCUUUGCUAUAUUGGCGAACUUCUUGCCGAACAGUGUAUAGAAAUCGGCAUAAAGUCCUAUAUGAUAAACUGGUAUCGUAUUCCAAAUAAAGGUGCACUCGGUUUGAUAUUGAUCAUGACAAUGUCCAAUGCUACGAUCAAACUCACAGCUGGAAAAUUUAUGAGUUUAUCUUUGGCCAGCUUUUGCAGUGUGAGUAAAAAUAUCGUUAGAAUUAUUAUUCUUGUUCAUCCAUAUACAAAAAUUAUUUUCCAUUAUUCAAGUAAUAGAUGCAAUGAAAAAAGUUUCAGGUCAUCAGUCAGUUGUGUGCAUCGUCGCGAUUUAGUCAUUACCAUGCUGGGUCGUUCAAAGCCGAAGUCGAGCUCUCUCGAGCCUGUGGCCGACUUCAACUAUAGCAUUAAAGUGAAUCGCUUGUUCAUGAAGUCGAUCGGCGCAUGGCCGUUUUCACUCUGCGAAACUACAAAAGAAAAAAUCGGUCAGAUAGUUCUGGCAAUGACCAGUUGUUUCUUGUUAUUGUUCAUGUUUAUCCCAUGCACUCUUUGUAUUAUCCUAGCAAAAAUCGAUCUCAAAGCUAAGAUCACUAUGGUCGGUCCAGACAGUUUUAUUUUGAUGGGCGUGUGCAAGCAGUUCGUUCUACUUACCAAGAGCAAGAGCAUCAGCGAAUGCAUUCGGGAUAUCCGCGCAGACUGGGACCAUAUCGCGAUGGAUAGCGAAAAAAACCGAGAAAUAAUGUCGACCACUGCCAAGUUCGGCAGAUGGCUCUCCACAAUCAGCGCGAUUUUCAUGUUCAGCGCUGGCCUUUUCUUCACCACGAUUAUGCCAAUCUUCGCGGGAAGGACGGAGAUCAUCGACAAUGAGACGGUGAGAUCGCUCGCCGUCCCGGUUUACCGCAAAAUCUUAGAUCCGCGUUCUACGCCGUACUUCGAAAUUGUGCUGUUGAUGGAAGCCGUUGGUUGUAACGCGAUUUAUUCAUUCACUGUCAGCGUAUAUAGUAUGGCAGCGAUAUUUGUCAUGCACACUUGCGGUCAGUUCCAAAUACUCAUGCUGAAGAUGGACGAUCUUGCAGAUGGAAAAGAAAGCAAGCUCGCGAAUAAUACGUAUCAAGGAAGACUCGGUGAAAUUGUGAAACUUCAUGUCAAAAUACUGAGUUUUAUUGCUCGUACCGAGGAGCUUUUAAACGGGAUUUGCCUCGUGGAUGUAAUCGGAUGUACACUCAACGUAUGUUUUUUAGGAUUCUAUUUGAUUACGGAAUGGGAAAAUAGUGAAGCAAUAGGAACAAUAAUGUAUGGUUUGUUGAUGACAUCCUUCACGUUCAAUAUAUUUAUCCUUUGUUAUAUUGGCGAUCUCCUUGCCGAUCAGUGCGUAGAAAUCGGCACAAAGGCUUACAUGAUAGAGUGGUACCGUAUUCACCCAAAUAAGGGUGCGCUCGGUUUGAUAUUGAUGAUGACAAAAUCCAAUUCUACGCUCAAACUCACAGCUGGAAAAUUUUUUAAUCUAUCUUUGGACACCUUUGGCGCUGUCAUGAAAACAUCAAUGGGUUAUCUGAAUUUACUUCGAACUUUCGUUUAAACUUUAAUACAGUAAUAGCAUCAUUAUGGGAUCUAUUAUAGUAACAUUAGCGCUAAAACAUAUAUUUACGAAAAAUUAAAUAUAGGCUAAUGAUUCUUGUUAUAUAAAUUAUCAUUCACGUAAAUGUAAACUUGAAAUAAAAGUAAAUUUAUUACAUAUACAUA